AUGGCUUGGGAUUUGAUCUAUUGGCUUAUCUGCUUCUGCAUCGACCUUGCCCUCUUCGCCUCAAGCCUUUACCAGUAUGUGAUGCUAACGGACUUGGAGGCUGACUAUAUCAACCCUUACGAAUUAUCAUCUCGCAUCAAUCAAUUGGUUGUCCCUGAGUUUGUAGUGCAUAUAGUCUUCUGUGCACUUUUCCUCUUGACACAGCAUUGGUUCAUGUUCCUGAUUACAGUCCCCAUUACUUGCUAUAUUGUGAUGUUGUUUGUAAAACAGCAGCAUCUUAUUGAUGUCACUGAAGUCUUCAGGGUUCUUAAUACUGAGAAGAAGUGCCGGCUUGUCAAACUUGGUUUUUACUUUUCUCUCCUCGCUAUUAUCAUUGUCAGACUUGCCAUCUCUGGAAUAUUAUUUCCGAGGUCCGGAUCUGAAGAAUUUGACCUUCGUGCCUCUUUUCUAGAAUUCUAG